AUGGAUUCUCAGAGCAUUGUGCAAAGAGUCCAGCAACUAAAAGACCGCCUUGGAAACGCACAGGAUCCUAAAAAGAAAUUGACCUGCUGUGUUUAUCUCAAAUUAAAUAGCAUGUCCAUUAUGUUUGCAGUUGUAGCUGUGGAUAUCACCCUUUCAAUGGAAGGCUUUGUCCAGGGAAAACUUUACUCCUGGUUUCAGAAGCUUCCAACUGUGGACUCCACAUCCAGCAGAGCUGAAGAUGCUCUAGCUGGUCCAGAACUCUCUCUAAACUACAACUCAUCCCUCCCUGCAGCAAGGCCCUCUGCUGUCUGUGUCCAUCACAGGCUUGGUGAUUGUCAGGAGGAGAAGAUUUCCAAAGCCCUAAAGAGCUUACAGGAACUUGAUAUCACACUGGAUAUCCUUGUGGAAACUGGAGUUGGAAAGACUGUGAACAGUUUCCGCAAACACACAGAUGUGGGUGACAUUGCUAAGUCUAUUGUACUUCAAUGGAAGAAGUUAGUUCCUGAGGUGAAGGAGCUUGACCAUAUGCCAAAUCCUAGGCAUGAGCAAAAAGAAAUCAUGGAAAAUAAGAAGAUCAUUACAAAGUCCAGACAAGAACAAAAGGAAAUUUUAGAAGACACAAAAAAGAUUUCAAAAUCUAAAGAACAGAACCUGGAUUUGAUAGACAAGAAGCUGGCUUCUAAAUCUAAACAAGGACACAUUGACAUUUUGGAUCAAGUUAACGUGAAUGUAAAGGAAAAGCACUUUAAUAUUGGAAAGGCUUAUGAAUCUCAAAUGGAUAACAAGAAACAAAAAGAGUUCAUUGAAACAAAAGACGGUAAGCUCCAUGACAAAAAAUGUCUGCCCAAAGAAAUGCCAGCACAAAAAUGCCAGCGCAAACAUGAAAAACCUUGUUCUAAUUCCCAGUCAAAAACUGAAAAGUCAAAGUCUGGUCACCAGGAGAAGAAAAAUUCACACUCAUUGAAGUCUGAAAAGAAAUCCAAGUCCUCUACUGAGGAUGAAGACAAAUGUUCUGGGUCAAUCAGACUUAAUAGAAAGGAUGUUGUGCUUGAGAUGGACAAAAAGGUAAAGAAUGAAAAAACAGAGAACGUAUUUUCCAGUGAGGAGUUUGAAGCUCCCACAAUGUCAUUUGAGUCUUAUCUCAAUUAUGACCAAGUUUCAAGCAAAAGGAAAAAGAAAUCCUCCCAUCCAUUAAAUGAACCUCCUAGAAAAAUUGAAAAAGUGUGCAAGCAAUACUGUAAUUUGGAUGUACCCAAAACUCAAAGUCAACAAAAGAAUGAGGAGAAAGUAGAUGAAGUAGAGGUCAAGAAAAGCUGUCUUGAAGAUUUACUUAAUGUUCCACUUCCUAAAAUUCUGACAGAUUAUGCUGUUUUCCCUUCUCCGCCUCAUCCUAACGAAUACAAAGAGAAAAUUACAGAAUUUUUACCUGAUAAAAGUCCUGAAUUAAAUGGAUUUACUGGACGUCGCCUCAAUUCAAAAAUGUUGGUCUACUCUGGUUCAAAAAUAAUGUAUCUCCCAAAAAUGUUAUCGCUUUAUGAGCAAUGUUUACGGAUCCUUCAAAAUAACAUUGAUUCCAUUCAAGAGGUUGGAGGUGUGCCAUUUGAUAUCCUGAAGCCAGUGCUUGAACGCUGUACUCCAGAGCAGCUGAAUCGAAUUGAAGAAUGUAAUCCGGUUUUUAUGGAAGACUCUGGAAACUUGUGGAAGAAGCACUGCGAAAGAGACUUUAAAGGACAUCGGCUUUUAGAGUAUGAGUCUUGGCGGGAAAUGUACUUGCGACUUUAUAAUGAAAGAGAAGAAAAGUUAAGGAAGAUAACGCAAAAUAUCAGUUCUGCACAUUCUGGAAAACCAAGAGGUCGGCAAGUAAAACUGGCUUACAUCCAUGGUGUGGCCAAACCUCCACGGAACAUUCGUCGGCAACAGGAAAUUCAUGGAACCGCAGGGCCCGUUGUACAGCCACAUCCACUAGAAAAAUACAAGAUGCAAAAGCUAGAAAUAAAGGAGGGCAGUGCUUCAACUCAGAACUCAAAUGCUUACUGUAAUACUACUAUGCCUGUGAGUAAUAGCCAAUUUGGUCAAAGUCAAGAUCAAAAGAGAGCUAUAAAGAAAAUUGCUCCAAUGAUGGCAAAAACCAUGAGAGCUUUCAAGAACAGAGUAGGACCAAGAUGAACUUUUCACACUUUCUCAAAUUCAGUAAUUUAAGUUUAAAAGAGAAUGUUUGUUUGUUUUGUUUUUUUGUUCAU